AUGUCUCAACAUCAAAAACACGCGCAAAAGGACUCUCCGGGAUCACAGUUGACACAGUCCAAACUUGGUGGGGCCAGUCCCAGCGUGACCGGCGCUCCAAACACGCCAAAGCAGCGCUGGGUAAAUCUGCUGAGACCUGUCGAAUUCCGCGGAGUAUCUCGUGGAAAGAAAAGUCAGUGCGGUCCUCUCCUCACAGUUCCUCUGGAGGAAACCCAGCAGUCACACACUCACACACUCAGUCCAAACUUUCCGUGCUCUCACAGCAGCAGCAGCAGCGGCACUGGGCUCUCCGUGUUUCCUCUUCUUAUCCCGGGACACCAGAGCACCACACUGUCCUCCAGAGCUGACCCCACACCGCGCCACUGGAGCCUCUGUCCUGGAGCCUCUGUCCCGGAGCCUCUGUCCCGGAGCCGCGGUACUAAAGUGUUGAAGUUGUGGCGGACGCUUCCAGCUCGGAGCGUUCAGCUUCUCCAGAACAAGUUGUGCCUCAUGUGCGUGUCCCUCUCACGGCGGCAGCACUCCUCCCCCCGCUCCUCUCCAUGUCCUCUGGGUGUCGUGUUUCUGCUCAGGCCCGCCCCGUGGCCGCCCACACUGACGGAGGAGGGGAGGGCAGGGGGGGCAGUCACGCCCCCUCACCACGAGCCGGUUCACGCUGGCGUCACUGUAGCACACGACGUUGCCUCGGUGACCGCCACACGGCUACGUCACAUCCGGGUCUGA